ACCGAUCAGAGCGCUGACGUCUGUCUGUUACUUUCUUUCCUCUACAACCCCCUUCUCUCCGCACGCCUAAACACGAACACACCUUCACCGACUCCUCCUUCACAGACUCGGGUUUCCUUACCGCUAUACACCGCACAUCGAUCACCGAUACUGUCUUUCACCCACCACAAGAGGCCCAAGGAAGGCGCGCAGUGCACUUGGCAGUGUAGAUAGUAUAUCUUUCAAAAACAGAAGCACAGUAAACCUUCUGUACUGUUUGAGGGCGUUGAUAGGGCUCGGUGAUGCCCGUUUGCUUGUAGCGGUGAUCAGAAGAGGGGAGUUGCACCGCUGCGUGCUGCACAUGAGUAGCGGUGUUGUACCAUGGCGGAAAUCCUUGAGAAGAUAAACGAGCUUCGAGCGCUCCCGGAAGAGCAGCACCUCUUUUGCCCCCGCUUAGGUGCCGAGGACUGGGGCGUAUAUUACGAUGCAGACGUUGCUGGUCAAGAACCCGAGACCGACCCCACCGCACUCGAUGACCGCAAACGAUUGAUACAAGAAGCCGAGGAACGAAAAUGGACAGCACUCAAGGCCAUGGAAAUAUUAGCAUUCGACGGCGAGGAGGCAGCACCACAUAAGGAAUGGCUGGUUGAGAGGUUCAAUCAGCUCAUGCAAAGUUGCGAUGUCUGUGUGAGAGUGUUCCACACAUCCAGGGCGGAAUGGAGGACACGGCUGGUCGACACCUACGACGAGGACAACAUUGGCGAUUUUCUGCGUGUCGUCGACGAGCAAUGUCUGGGGCGCAUACAGACUGGGUUGGACGAGUCGAACAGGCUACUCAGCGAGGCUGAACCCAAACUGCGUACCGUACGGCUUUUACCGACCGAAUGUACCUAUGCUUUCUUUGAGGCCCUGAGCUGCGACGCUCUAAUACGGAACGAGGAAUUACUCCAGCGACACUUUGACGCACCGUUCGCUAUGGUCCAGUCGAAGAAGCGCCUCAAGAUUCAGACAUUCCUACCCGCAAUGACCCGUUUCUUGUUCAGCAGAAACGAGACGCGCCAAAAUUGGGCAACUCUGUCGUGGUCCACAUCAAAGCGGAAUGUGUUGAAAUCUGAGUUUGAAUGGGCUGUGCGGGACCACCUCAUCAGCGCCAUGAUGAAGGUCCAGAUGAACAAUCUCGACCUGACGUUUGUCUCUUGUUAUUGGAGCGGAGUACGGCUCAUCAUUAGCAAAAUGGACCAGGAAUUGAUCUCGGAGUCGAUCCGAGGCCUAGAAGGUGGAUUCUACAGGCUGAUGUUAGAUCAUCUUUCACUCAAGUCGGAAGGUUUCAUGGACUUGAUCGCGACUAUGAAGCAACUGCUGGAGCGUUCACCAGUGGACUUUUGGGAUGGCAUGAACGCUAUUACGCCCUCAAUUGUCACUGUCGUGGAGCAGAUAUUCAAUAGCCCGGUUCUCAACCAGAUACUCCUCGCGGCAACAGCGGACGAUGCACAAGACACGGAAAAUUUGAAUGCAGCAUUUAGCUGGAUACCUCCGUUCCUCGUCUCUAUCAAGCCAGCCAACCUAGGUCCUGCAAUUCGGCCUUUUGCUAAUGCGCUUCUCGGUCGCUUCCAGUCUGAGCGCUACUCGCCAGCAUCUAGAGCUUUCUGCUUUAGAGAGGGUCUGAAAGUGUUAGACCAUGCUUUCCGGAAAAUGGCUGAAGGCAAGACCAUGGACAAGUUUGUGGGACAGCCAACGGUGAACAGCAUGCUUGAUAUGCUCUCGACUCACAUUCAAUUGCUUGUCAAAAGCCUCAAGCGUUUCAGCAGCAACAAAGAGAGUCAAGGAGAUAUGUAUCUUGUUCUUUCCGUGAUUCAGGGUGCUUUUCAGUUAGAAGCGCAGUCUCUAAUCAUCGAGAGACAAAUGAUCUCAGCGAAGAAGCCAUCGCCUACAGAAACACCGCCGUCCAGUCCGAUUUGGAAAACUAUUCUCAAGGCGGUGGACUCGGAAAGCUUGGAGCUUGCUACGCAUUUAUUGAUUGCUGGACGAACCCUGACUGGACUUGAGCCGUUGCAGAUGAAAUCGGAUACUGAAAAAGUGCCUGCAACAGUACGGCACUUUAAUGAGAGAUUCAAGAUGCUGUCCCAGUCAAUCACAGAUGUGGUUGAUCGCCUGUCAGAGUUUGGUCCAUCUCAGCUUCAAGCCCUCUUCGAGAAACCAGCCGCGGCUAGCGCCAUCGUUUCGUUACUCUUCUCGUCCACAGAAGACACGAGAAACUCCGCUAUCGAGCUUUUGAAGGUCAUCAGUUCCGAAGACGAACGCCGGGGUGCUUUGCAGCACAUUUUGAAGAGCCAUUACAAGAACGUUCUGCAGGGCAUAUCGGACUCGAGCCGUCAGGUUAAGCAAAAAAAGGCAUUUGCACCAGCACCAAGCAUGAUACGAAUGUGGUCAGACGUCAUCGAUGUUAUGUGUAACUCUCAAGAUGGUAUACUGCGAUCACGAAAUCUCGAUUCUGGGGAAACUGGAGCCACGAUGAAUCUCUGGAAGUAUCUCUGGGAUUCACUUACAAUGAUAUUUGCAACUACAGAAGCGUGGAGCAACCUAGGGUUCUACGACAAGAGAAUGAUGAUGGACUUUUGCCGCGAUACUAUGCAGUUCGCUGAUCAGCUUUUCAACCAAUGUAGUAUCUUUGCAACUGCAUUGAAAGGGUCUACGACAGAUAGUGAGGACGGCGGUUCCAAAACUGAACUUCUAAAAGAGUUACUGGCGCUGCCCGCUGAGGCCAUGGAAGGUUUGGCAAAAUGGCUUCGUUUACGUGACGAGUUCUUGUCUAGCAAGUCCGUCACUUUGAUCAGCAAACUCCUGAUCCGUCUUCACAACGUCUCUAUUGAGAUCGACCCAGAAACUCUGUCUUACAUGGAGAGGGUACUCUCUGGAGACGUUCGCGCCAAGCUCAGCACGACACAACAAGCAGAGUUACAACAAGCUCUCGAAACGCAUCUUGGCCGCUCUCUAGUCAAGGAGGAAGAACCUGUCAAGCCAAAACAGGCUUCGAUCAGCAAAUGGAUGGCUACCGGUACAGCAUCCUCGCCAGCUGAUAGCAAGGCCAAACUACUAGCUAGCAUGACGUCGGGUGCGAGUGCGUUCCAGGAGAAACGAGAAGCCAUGAAGAAAUCGGAUGCAAAAGCCGCAAAACAAAAGGCUACUGAAGAACAGAAGACUGCUCAGAUGUCCGAGUUCCGGAAGAGAAGGCAAGAGGAAUUGGCCAAACGCGAGAAAGAGAAGGCUGCCGCCGUUGCUCGGGCACAAAAGGCAAGGGGUAUCAACACGCAGACUGGCGAAGCAGGCUCUGGUUUGGAAGGCCUGGGUGUCUUAGGCAAAGACCAGGCCGCGAAGGGUGAAGGUCUGAUGCAUUCGUCAGAUGAGUCUGAUGACGACGAUGGAGAUAUUGAUGAAGAUCUCUUUGGUAUCAAGAAGACGAAAACAACCCUUGGACCGAGAACGAACAUCGUCAACGAAAUCAAGAUCCAAAUGCCGGUCAAGAAGAAGAGAGUUCAGCGAUCCAUCAAAGACAUGCGUGCUCGUCUCGCGCCUGACCUGUCAUCUCUGCAUAGGAUCAUCCUUGGUUGGGAUUACUUCCACGAAGGUGACUUUCCACCCAAGUCGAGACCAGAUAUCUAUUCCAAGGUCCCGGGUACUUUCAGGACACCUAACGACUAUCAAUCGACCUUCGAGCCUUUGUUGACGCUUGAAGCUUGGCAAGGAUUCGUGAAGGCUCGUGAGGAGAAUCAAGGCAGACCAUACGAGGUCCGAAUCACAUCGCGAGCUAGCGUGGAUGCGUUCCAGGAAGUGGGCAGCACAAUGACACACGCCGAGAAUCGGGAGGUCAUGGUCUCCGAGGGUGAUAUCAUUCUUCUCUCGAAGAGCAAGACUCCCUCUGCUCAAGAGGCGACGUGCCUUGCUAGAGUGUUCCGCGUAAAGAGGAAACAACAGCACAUCGAAGUCUCGUAUCGCGUCGUACCCGCAAACCCCCUUUCGUCUGCUCUAUCACUCAACCAGGCUGUCUACGGCACCAAGCUGCAGUCUAUCACGCCACUGGAGCGUGAGUAUGGUGCGCUGAAGGGUUUGCAAUACUAUGAUUUGUGCGAUGAGAUCAUUCGGGCGAAGCCUUCUCCGCUUUUGACCUACAAGGACAAUCAGAUUGAUCCGCUGAUUCAAACUUACAAUGUGAAUCGGGCACAGGCUAAAGCUAUCAAGUCGGCAAUUGACAAUGAUGCGUUUACGUUGAUUCAAGGACCACCUGGUUCCGGAAAGACGAAAACAAUCACAGCCAUUGUUGGAGCAAUCCUUUCUGACAGCUUUCGUUCGCGUGGCACACAGAUGGUGGUUCCAGGCCAGCCGCGUUCAGAGACAACUGCUAAGAAACUGCUCGUGUGUGCGCCCAGUAACGCUGCUGUCGAUGAGUUGGUCAUGCGUUUUAAAGAUGGCAUCAAAACCCUCAACGGCGAGGAGCGAAAAGUCAACAUUGUGCGUCUGGGUCGCGGUGAUGCUAUCAAGGCGAGUGUCCAAGACUUGACUCUCGAGCAACUUGUUAGCAAAAGGCUCGGCGUGAGUAACUCGAACGACAACGACUCCGAGGCUACUCGCAAGCUCUUUCAAGAUCACAAGCAGGUAUCGGAGCAGCUUAGGCAAGCUGUCGACCAAAUCUCAAACGGUGAAGUCAAGGGUGAUGAGGCGUCUAAGCUCCAGGACGAUAUCAAUGCUUUGCGAAAGCAGAAGGCGGCUCUCGGAACGAAGAUUGAUAACACCAAAGACAACGAGAGACUUGCGAGCCGAAACGCGGAUCUGAACCGCCGGCGCGCACAAGAAGCAGUCUUGAACGACGCACAUAUCAUUUGUGCAACCCUCAGUGGAUCUGGGCACGAAAUGUUCCAGGGUCUCAGCAUCGAAUUCGAGACGGUCAUUGUUGAUGAGGCUGCGCAGUGCGUUGAGAUGAGCGCACUGAUUCCUCUCAAGUACGGGUGCGCAAAGUGUAUCCUUGUCGGAGAUCCGAAACAACUACCUCCCACGGUGUUCUCGAAAGAAGCAGCGCGCUUUCAGUACGAGCAGAGUUUGUUUGUUCGCAUGCAGAAGAAUCAUCCCGACGACGUACAUCUUUUGGAUACACAGUAUCGUAUGCACCCAGAGAUUAGCUUAUUCCCCAGUCAGACAUUCUACGAUGGCAAGCUUUUGGAUGGAGGCGACAUGGCUGGGCUACGCAAGCGGCCGUGGCAUCAGAGUAUGUUGCUCGGGCCGUAUCGAUUCUUCGAUGUUCAGGGUCAGCACCAAGCUGCGCCGAAAGGGCACUCACUCAUUAAUAUCGCGGAGAUCAACAUUGCGAUGCAAUUGUACAAGCGUCUUACUACCGAUUAUCCCGACUACGACUUCAGGGGGAAAGUCGGCAUCAUCACACCCUACAAGAGCCAGCUCCGCGAGCUCAAAACACGCUUCACCACCGCUUACGGCGCCUCUAUCGUCGAAGAAAUCGACUUCAACACCACCGACGCUUUCCAAGGUCGAGAGAGCGAAGUCAUCAUCUUCUCUUGCGUGCGUGCUUCGCCGGCUGGUGGUAUCGGUUUCCUGCAGGACAUCCGACGUAUGAACGUCGGUCUCACGCGUGCAAAGUCUUCGCUCUGGGUGCUGGGUAACUCCCAGUCGCUCGUCCGAGGAGAGUUCUGGAGGAAGUUGGUCAACGAUGCGAGGGAUAGGAAGAGGUACACUGACGGUGAUUUGUCGAGGAUGCUGAACCAGCAUUCGAGCAAGUUCCCAGCUCCGAAAGAUGGUUACGUGCAGCCUCACCGCCCAAUGCCGGAGAUCAAGAGCGAGCCUUCAAGUCGAAAAGGGAGCGGGCAGUCCAAUGGAUCGGAGAUCAAACAGGAAAUCAUGCAGACCAUCAAACAGGAGAUCAAACAGGAGAUCAAGACGGAACUGGUACACCACGGCAAGCGAAAGUAUAGCCAUGAUCAAAGCAGCGAUGUCGUCGUAAACACGAAAAAGGAAGACGUCGACGUCGACAUGGACGAUGUGCACUCGGAUUCGGCGUCUACCACGCUCAACGGGGGCAGCGGUCGGUCCACCCCUGCUAACGACCCGCACAAGAGCUCAACGCCUGGUCUUGACCCGGCUGAUGCGACGGACGCUUCUGGUCUAGGCAGUGUGAUGGCGGCGAUGACGAAGCCGAAGAUCAGGAGACGGGCGAGGGAGGCUCCGAAUCCGUUUAUCAAGAAGAAACCAAGGACGGGAUGAACGACCUGAGCGAGUUUUGGGGAUUUUGUGCGGCUCUCAACUCACCAUUUGCGGGCCAACAUUUUGAUGGCGUUUUUGA